GGAUUGUCUAAAGGUAAACUGACAGGAUAAUGUUUUAUGCUGAUUUGGUAAAUGUAGCUAAACAAACAGCCAGAUUGUGUCAUAAGUCCGUAUGAUGAAACUAGAAGUUUCUGGCAAACUUCUUGGAGUAAAUUGCAGGCAUAGUGGGCAAGACAAUAUAAACAGGACAGUUUGUCAGAUGUCGAAUUGUCUUAAUUUUUCAUGUAAGAACAGUUGAAAAUGAAGCUCGUCGAUGUAUCUGCUUUAAUCCUUUCAGUGGCUCUACCUAUUGGAGUGGGAUUCAUUGGAACUCUAACAGGGGACGGAGGAAACAGUGAAUGGUACAAACAGCUCAAGAAACCACCAUGGACUCCGCCAAACUGGGCUUUUCCUGUUGUGUGGACAAUAUUAUAUGCUAUGAUGGGCGUAGCCGCUUGGAGGGUCUGGAUUCAUGGAGGGUUUGAAAAUCAAGGCGCUGCCUUAGGAGUCUAUCUUUUCCAGUUGCUUCUUAAUUUUCUUUGGACUCCUUUGUUUUUUGGCCUGCACAGUCCGAGCGCUGCAUUUGCUGAUAUUGUGCUGCUGUGGUUUGCUAUUGCUGCAACAAUAUAUCUUUUCUGGCAUGUUGAUGCGGUGGCUGCAUAUAUGCUAGUGCCAUACAUCUUCUGGGUGACUCUUGCUUCAACAUUAAAUUUAUACAUAUGGAUUUACUACAAUGCCAACAGUACUCUCUACGAUGUCAGGAAUCUGCCAGAUCAGCAUUCAAAGAGCUCUUAGUAUGGAUUGGUUAUAAUCUUGAUGGUAGUUCUGUAAUUUUUAUUCCUUAAGUUUCCUUGUUACAAUAAUUCCUAGGUUACAUGAUCUGAAAUAUUCUGGGAAUAUUUUACAAAGGUAAGGCAUAUUCAUUGUACAUCUGCUAAAAACGAACAAAAUAGGUGUUUGGUUGUGUUCUAAGAGAAUUCAUUUUUUUUCACCUCUCCUUUCUUUUCUAGAAGGGACCAACGUAUUUCAGUUCCUAUUUUAAAAACAAUGAUUAGAUUAAAGAAUAUUCAGCUGUUCCAAUCUUGUGUAAA